AUGUGUAGGAACUGGUGCCACACGAACCUACUGGAGAGGGAAUUUGUCAAGAUGGCCGAAGAAGGGUUGGAAUUCGAAUACCAGAAGAAAUCCCAGGGGAUUGAAUUCUGGGACAUGCACGACUUGAUCAACAAGGUGGACCGAUACGCAUCCUUGUUGAAAGAAGAGGUGCAGAAGAGGACGACUUCAAAAGGGACUUACUAUCGGAAUCCCGUUGUCAGCUAUGCCGAAGCAGACAACCCCACAGAGGCCGAGGGCGACGAUGUUGAGAUGAGCUCAGCCGAAGUCAGCAUAGACAAGCCGUUUGUCUGCAAAGGACUUGUCAAGGCCGACAAUAGCCGCACAAAGAUUCCCGACGCCAAGUUCGCGACUCGAGAAAUGAAGGCCUAUACUUUUGAUUUGACUAGGGCCGAAGCUAUCUUUGACCUACUAUUAACCGAGAAAAAUGUCAAAUUGUCCUUCGGCCAUAAAAUUCUGAAACCCGAAGAGCUCAAAGGAAAGACGUUCUGCAAAUACCACAGUUCUUGGUCUCACAAUACCAAUAAUUGCGUUGUUCUGCGAGACGUCAUCCAGAAGUUGAUAGACGAAAAGAAGCUUCAAUUUCCGGAAAAGGCGGCCAUGCAAGUCGACUCUAAGCCAUUCCCUCCGCUUGUCAUCAACAUGGUCAACGCUCAGCUCCGGGCCGAAUAUAGGGAAAUUCGUCGGCCUGCAAAAAGAAAUGAGCCGUUGGCCGCACCAGAGCCAGUACCGUGCAGUCGGUGCAAGUCUAAGAUCGGUCAGCUCAGACCGCUGGAAAACAAGAGGAAGGCCAUCGAGCCGUCUCGACCGGCUAUGAGGAAAUUCGGCGGCCAGUACGACUGUGGGCCAGCGAUAAGAGCUAUUUUCGACCGACUAGGGGCACGAGGCCCCAGUACCUCGACAUGCCACAAAAAAGGAGCCGCUCCUAGGCCGGUGAAGACUUUCAGACCACCGGUCGUACGGGAUGACCACCCUGAGGGGUUAAAACGCCAAAAGAAAAUGGCGACUGCAGACGAAACACCAUCCGCGCCAAUCGUUCCCCCUGCAGCAAAGGUCACCAGCGCCAAGCCUCCAAGGGUGUGGCGCCCUAGGCAAGACGGUGAUCCUAAAGGCCGCGGCCCUGGAGGGAGCAGAUGA